AUGCAGGGGCUGUCGGUUCAGCGUGCCCCCCGCCCCCCCGACGCUCAGCCCCUGGGGCCGCACAGACCCCAGGCCGCCCGGAUCAGGGUCAGGAGCUCGGUCUCCCCGCGCCCCCCACCCAACCUCCCUCGCCCCGGCAAUGCAAACCCGCAGGGAAGCCGGCGGGAGAGUUACCCGCCGAGGCCCAGGCGCGAAGACUGCAGAGGCGUGCGGGACUCUGCGGCGGGAGGCCUGCGGCUCUCCGGCCGCCCGCCGCCGCUCGCUCCAGCCGGCCGCUGCCUCUCCCGCGGCGCCUGCAGCAUCGGGCCGCCGAAGCCCGCGGCCGGCGGAAACCGGAGGAAGGUGGCCCGGGUCAGGGGCAGCGCCGGCACGAUUCCUCGUCCGCGGACCAGGCGGGGGAGCUGGGGAAGGCGCGGCGCCGAGCGGAGUCCGAGGCGCCCGGCCGCGCGCUGCCCUCCGCGCUGGGGUCCGGAUCCCAGGCGACUGCGCCGAGCGCCUCCGGAGCCGCGGGGUCGCUCCUCCUGCUCGUCUGCUGGCGCCAGACGCGCGGUGACCACGGCCGCCCCCGAGUCCACGGAGGAAGGUGCACUGGCAGAGCGAGGCUGUGGGGGCUCCGCGCCCCCCGGAGCAGGGAGGCAGGAAAGCAGCCGAGCCCCUACCUUUCGGGCUGGGCGGACACCAGCCGCGCGCCCUUGCCGGGCGUCAGGGACGGAAAAUCACCACGACGGGAGGGCCCGGGUAAAGCAGCGGGUGGCUUCAGGACAAGGUGUGAGACAUCUUUGUGUGAAGAGGUGAUGCCUGGAGAUGGGGCAUCCAUCUCGAAGUGGUAGAGAACACACCUGAGGUCAAGGCUAACAUCUGAGGCAGGCGGAGCAAGAAGACAGAAAGGGCCUGGAUCCCUGAUGAGCUGGAUGAGCUACUAAAUUAUCUGACCCUGGAGUCAUCGUAUAGUAUGUCAUUUAUUAUAUCCAUGUAAUAUAUUAAAAUAUCCUCAGUGUUAAAGCCAGUCACAUUUUUCCUUCUUACUGCUCAGAAAGCACCCUGCCUAUGCAACUAGCAGCACAGAACCUUGACCACCCAGGCUCCCAGCAGAAAGUAACUACAGCCUCUCUUUUGGUGUUAUCACAAUACUGGCUUUGAGAAUGGAUUUUGGGUUUUUUUGUUGUUGUUUUUUUUUAAUUUUUUUUUUAACGUUUAUUUAUUUUUGAGACAGAGAGAGACAGAGCAUGAACGGGGGAGGGUCAGAGAGAGGUAGACACAGAAUCCGAAGCAGGCUCCAGGCUCCGAGCUGUCAGCACAGAGCCCGACGCGGGGCUCGAACUCACGGACCACGAGAUCAUGACCUGAGCCGAAGUCGGCCGCUUAACCGACUGAGCUACCCAGGCACCCGAGAAUGGAUUUUGAAUGAAGAUAUUCUGACCUGCUUUUCAGUUGUAUCAUAUUCAUCCUUGGGUCUCCAGUUUCUUCAAGAAUCCUGGUGUGAAAGAA